AUGCAUCAUUCAUCGCCUCCCGUAACCUUGGUCGGCCAGGAACGCAAGCGCUCGUACCCUGGACUGGCUCCCAUCAACACUGUCGGUCCUUCGGGGAGUAACCGACGACCCAGCGAAACCCUGAGUCCACAGUUACCAUCAAAUGCGGCACUUGUGUACAGCAAUGGUAGCGUUGGAGGGAACAGGCUUGUAGCUACUACAGCUGCAAAUGUCGCGUUCCCGAAUGGCAGAAGUCCUCUUCCUUCACCCGGCCUACCACCUCAACGCGCCAACUUCGUAUCCAGUCCUCCUCCCGACAAGGAAGUCAAGGCCAAAACCUCGAAGAUGAAGUUGYUCAAGCCCAAAAACAUUGUUCUUUCAAAGGAAAAGGAUGGCAAAGCUCUACCCAGCAUUCCCUCUCCCAGCAAAACGCCAUCCGCUGCCAACUUCCUGCGAGGCGGUUUCCCGAAUGCAUCAACAACAAGUCUCAUUGAUCCGAGCUCAAACGCUGGCUCUCUAUAUUCCUCUGCAAAUGUAUCUACAUCCACGCUAGUCCCGGCAAUAUCAGAAAAGGACAAGGAGAAGCGCCACCACUUCCUGUCGCGGCAGAAGAACAAGCUUCGCGAUGAGCCCACACAACUGCCGUUAUCGUCAGCACAUUCCAACUCGCAGGCAACAAAUCCAGAAAAACCGCAACCACUCUACAAUUUCACGCCAGAUUCGCCAGGGCCCAGCACGUUCUCCAAGACCAUGUCCGGCUUUGAUCUACGGCAUGGCGGUCGAGCGUUGAGAGAGAAGAAAAAGGAAGAAAAGGCUGCGGCGGCGGCGGCAAGGCUAGAACUCACCCCCAUCAUGUCCAACACAUCCGCUUCCGGGAUGGGAGAUCAACUUUUGGGACCUAGUAGCUUUGAGACCAGCAUGGGAGGUCCGCCUUCGGGAGGUGCGAGCUUGUUUYCAUUCCCUACAGAGACUCCCUUGCCUGUCAACGCCCAUUCAUUCAGCAGUAUUGGUGCUUCCAUGGGUUUGCCCGGUAUUGGACCUGACGAUGCAUGGCCCUUGCUCAAGGCCAGGCUGCUGAAUCUCUUCUCUGGCGAAACUUUGAUAACCCCAAUCGAGGAUUUCAACACCCUGGUCAGUGUUCACAUCCGACGUUGCAUGCAGCGCAGGUCGCCUGUCGUGCUGGUUGAAGAUGUGAGGGAGCUGUUGCAGACAGGCUUUAGUUCGCUCGCACAGACAUUGAGAGGUGUGCCCGAUGACCGGCUUGUGACGAAUUUGGUAGAGAUGUGGAUAGGACUUUAUGGUGCGAUUUUGCCAUUUCUGCAAGCAGUCUUUCUUCCCCUGGAGCUGGAAUUCAAGGGACGCGGGACUCUUAUGACGGCGCGUGAGGCACAGGAAUUCUGGGGCGCCAUACCUGAAGCUCUCAAAAUGGAUGAACGCCCCUCGUCCGCCAGCGAAGCAAGCCGCAGCGGACACAUGUCGGAAGAACUUGAAAUUCGCCGCAUCACGCUGAUUGCCUUUCGCGAUACAGUGAUACUCCCCAAGCAUGAGAGCAUGCUCAACAUCUUCAGUCGAUUAUCUCUCGAUAGCAUCAAUGCCGGCGUGGCGUCUGAUUCGAGUGGUAAAGCUAGAGAACACGCGCGAAGCGAUCCGGUAGCCCCAGGUGCAGAGCGUCCUGGAACUGCCGGCAGUCUCAGCCCACGGCUCAGCAGCUUCAACUCACAGGGCUCCACAUACUUGGACGCGGCGAGCAGUUCUUCAGGAGGUCAUGCGAACCGCAGCAGAACCACAUCCAACACAUCCGCAGGCAGUUUCGGCACCAAUCUCCCGCAUGUGCACUCCCCUUCACUAGGAGGAGGACCGGGAUCCUUCAACGCCACAAGUCAUCCCCACCCUCCUGCUCCCCUUCUCGCGGACCCUGCAAAAGUCACAGAGACCGUGGCGAGGAUGUUGCAGUGUUUAUAUGUACUUGCUGCGUGUCGAACGGGAGAUGGUGCGCAGGCGAGUGUAGAGCGGCUUACGAGCGCUUUGAAAUACAAUUACCUCGCGAGAGGGCGGACUGGAAGGGAUAGACGAGGUUGGGUUGGUAUGAAAGGUCGUGUGGGAUUGGUUGGUGCAUAG